UAAAUAAAUAAAAUCUUUAAAAAAAAAAAAAAGGAAAGAAAGAAAGAAAAAGAAAAAAAACCUAGAGGAAUAUUCCACAGUCUUUUACUAUGAAAAUAAGUCAUUGUGCAUUCAAACAGAACAUGGGUUUUUACAAGAAGUCCAUCCACAGAGGACAGAGAGGCAAGCAGGGUCCAUUCUGGAUCAAAGAGACCCAAAAGGCAAGGAAAUGCCAAAGCGACCACUACAAGUAGAGACAGAGGACAGCAUUGGGACACCCGCUUGCUUGUUCCACCCUUGGCCCUGGCCUGGGAUCCCAGCCCAGACUACCCCCCGCAACCCUGGCCACUGCCCAGAGCCUCCAAGGAGGGUUCGGAGAGCCAAGGACUCGCGCCUUCCCCUCCAGCCUCUGUCACCCCAGGUAACACAGUCUGUCUUUGUUGCAGAAAUAGUUAAGGACGUGGAGGCACCACAGGCAGCCCUAGGCCCCCUGGCCCAUGGGACAGGGGACAGCUGCCACUCGCCCACAGCUGAGGAGGAGGUGGGCAUCCCAAUACCAGCCCCGGGGCUCCUGCAGGUCACAGAAAGGAGGCAGCCCCUGAGCAGCGUCUCCUCCCUAGAGGUGCACUUUGACCUCCUCGACCUCACCGAGUUGACUGACAUGUCUGACCAGGAGCUGGCCGAGGUCUUUGCUGACUCGGACGACGAAAGCCUGGCUGGGGAGUCGCCAGCAGGCCUGCACCCGCUGCCCAGGGCCAGCUGUCUGCGCUCCCCCUCCUGGACACGAACCAGGGCCGAGCAGAACCGAGAGAAGCAGCCACUUGGUGACCCGGAGCGCCGGCCAGCGAUUGCGGACACAUUUCUUACCGUGGAGAGGCCCAAGGAGGACUAGGCCAGCUGGCCCUGGGGCCAAGGUAGUGCCCAUCUGGACAGUUCUGACCCCUCGGACACUCUGCCCACCCCAUGUGGCUCUGGGCCAGGUUCUUGGGGGUGCUCCAGCACAAGCACAGCCCAGUGGCCUUAUGUUCCGCUCCCUUCCAGUCCCUGGAUCAGGGACUAGGGACCUGAAGAGGUGGGAGUGGCCUAGGCCUCUUGGAAACUUCUGUCCACAGGACUGGUGCUCUCAUCUGCCAGAAGAUUCCCGAGUGGGUGCGGGGUGAGGGGGACCUACGCCAGAGAGAGCUUCGCUGCAAAACCCCCAGGGUCUCAGGGUUCUGGUCCAGGAAUGGGCACCCCAUGCUCUGGCCCGUGGCAUACUCUGCUAUCCAGCCAAGAAUGCGGGUAGGGGAGUCGGUCCUGAACACCACCUUCCCUUCAAUCCCAACCUCUUCUUGCCGCCCACGGCGCAUCGUUGGCCGUUGGCACCGGGGCCUCCUCCCCAGACCCUAAGACCCUGCUCGUCUUAGUUCCUGUGGGACAGCCGGGCCCAUCUCCUCGGCUCCGAACACCGACUGUGGCACAACCACCUCGGACUGUGGGUGGGGGAUUAGGCACGCAGGGUCUGUCCUUGGCAGGGACACAUCCCCACAGCCUAUCAAAAACGCACACAGAGGCAUGCGCAGCCCUAGAUCUGUGCCCCUGGCUAGCAUCCUGCCCUCGGGUAGCACAGCCCAAGGGGGGGCUUGGAACAUGCGGGACCCCCAGCACGGCCCCCAACUUAGAGGGCUCAGCUGCUCCAACAGCCGCUUUCUAUGACCUAAGGGACUGGAGAGGCUCUGGUCUGAUAGCAAGUCCAAGAAGUUUUCAAAUAAAUGUGUGAGUUUGCUUUUGGUGCCCAGGCCAACCUGCCCUGACCCAUUCCCCACUCACAUUUCUAGGGAAGGGAAACCUGUUCUGCUGUGGCCCUGGGCAUGCCCCAGGCCCGCUUGGCACAGUAAAGGCAAGUUCCCUGCUGAGAAAACAGGCCUCAGAAAUGCCGAGGGACUUUGCCUGCACCCUCUACACCAUAAGCACCAACUCAAGGGACUUUUACCAGGCAUCACCCAUAAGUCCACUUAAAAUCAAAUCCCGUUAAGGGCAGCUGCAUGCCCCCCGCCCCAGGACAGUGCUCCCCAGCCCCCAGGCUUCCUGCUACGGCUUCCUUCCACAGAGCUUAUUUACAAAAUAUCUGAUUAAAAUCUCACCUCUUCCUAAGGCCCAA